UCAGUCUCUCGCGCAAAGCGGUUCGGUGGCGACGUGCGCCGCGUUGCACUCGAUAGAUUGCGGCUGGUCCAGGUCUCUCUCGGUUCUCCUCUCACCGUUGCUCGCGGCGUUUCCCGCCUUCGACGUCGUCUUCGCCCUCGUGUGCUUCUCACCUCGCGGAGCUCGGCCUCCCCCGAAAGGGGAUGCAAGAGACGGAAGCUCGGCCGAGAUAGUCCGCGCGCCGACAGAGAAAGAGAGUGUACUUGCUAUUUUCGAGACGCCGUGGAGCCCGGCCAACGCGCGCGUCCGGUUCACCGGACGGAAAAAAUCGACGGGGAUCCGCGGGUGGAAGAUCAUCGGUGAUCCACGGACAACCGCGCCGCGCGAUCCGCCGCUCCUGGAUCCAGAGAAUCGCGAGAAACGCGUGCUCCCCGGGACGACGGAUUCCUCCUCGGCCAUUGGUCAACGGGGAAAAACAAACUGCCUCUUCCGCGUCGAGGAGCAGAGUUGAACGAUCGCUGGCGAUCGUGAUCGGAGAGCCCUGUUACGCGAGCCGUCGAGCCGAUCACACGAUCCCCGGGUGUUGACCUGCAUUAACCCGAUCGGCUUCGGGAAAUUGGCCCGGCUCUGGACCGUCUAGCUGAUUGCUAUUGACGGGGGAUCGACGAGGAUCGGUGUGCGAACUGUCGCUAGAUCGUUGCCCGAGAUCCUUCGGUGUGAUUCUUCGUCGGGGUGUGGAUAGUGCGGUUGAGGUUGUUCAGCAGAGACGAGCAGUUCUGUGAGGUGUUUGACGAUGUUUGAGGGACUGGAGAGGCGCGCGGGAUCUAUCGUUCGCUGUGCAGAAGAGUAACAGAGUUUUCUAAAGGGAGAUGAGGAUUGUGACGGGGAUCUGAUUCUGCAGCGAGUUGUUCCGCGGCGAUGGUUGCCGUUGUUUGUCCGUUGAUCGUCAUGGAGAGCUGUUUGUGGAGAGUGUACGAUGUUGGAAGGUGGACGUGCAGUGGUCUGGCUCCUUGUAUCAGCCCCACGAGCUGCACGCCACCCAAACGAUUCACGUACUAACCCAAUUGCACCUGUUUGAACCCACCAGUUGCAGAGUCCUGCACCGUAACCCCAUGACGCAUUUAACACAUGGCCCGCCUGGAGAUACCAAGCAUAGUGGUGCAUAAAGGCAGCAGGUCGCACAGCCGACCUGAGAGCCCCACGGUGGUCGUGGGAGGAGGAAUGCCCUCACUGCCGUCUUCCAGGCAAGGCUUCGUCAUAGGUGGCCCGAACGUGUCAUAUCAGAACAAUUCGGAGUCGGAUAUGAUAGACGGGAAUGCCAAUCCCAAUGUCGGCUCUUCACCCACGCUUCAUCGUACCGCGCCCUCUUGUCCACCCGAUAAGGCCGACACAGAGAACAAAAACUUUCGUAAUAGGGUAAAGUUGUUGGUCAGGAGUCAUGCCAUGAGAGAGUCGACGUCUCCCCCGAGGGAGCCAUACAACGGUUCGUCUUCUCCGCACAGUCCUCAGUCGGUAGACGGGGAGAGAAAGUACACGGGCAACCUGUCUCCUAACUCUACCAACACCAAGCUCAACAACAACGAGUCAAUGUUCAACAGCAAUCUCUGUCCGAACCAGUCCCCGAAGCAGAUGCGCAACACGGCUACUUCACCUACCUGUCGAGCUCCGUCGCGAAAUGGACAAUCUAGUCCUUCCCAAGUUCAUUCACCAAAGAAUAACACAUCUCCAACGAACGGCAAUAAGUCGGAGUUCCAGCGUUCCAAGAUGACCGGUUCGAACGUGAUUCAGAAAUGCAAUAACUGCGUGAAGAACAAUCAAAAUGACCGGCCCGGCUUGCUGCAGACACCCGUGUCGCCUACGAAAUCGGGCCAGGCGUUGCAGCACUCGCCGAAGAGCAUCAACCUGGCCCAGAACGCUCAGAACAAUCAGAAGUCGGAGCUACGUAGAUCGAACACUCUGAACAUAUGCAACAAUCAGUGCGGCACGCAAUGCGGGAACACUCUCUCCGUGAGCAGACCAGGUUCCAGGCACAAGCUCAGGCACCAGAACUCGUCCCAGGGUAGCUUUGACAGUGCUUCGCCAUGUCUGUCCAGAGACAGCAGCACAGAGCUGUACACAGACAGCACCGGUAUAGAUUUGGAACACUUCAUCGCGGAAACCAUAAAUCGUAACCAAAAGGACCGCACCGUACUGUUAAAAAUCGAGAAGGAUCUGAUAGAGUUCGCAAAGGAUACACAGAAAGUCUGCCACAAGUUCCCGAACAUGUCCUCGUACAACAGGAUGCUGGUGCACCGUGUGGCUGCUUAUUUUGGUAUGGAGCACAACGUGGAUCAGUCCGGUUCGAGUGUGGUAGUGACCAGGACGAAGAACAUGCGGAUUCCCAACACCCGUUUUAAGGAGCACAUCAGGGACGACCUGAUCCUGUCAGAGGAACCGCGUAGAAGUAUUCUGAAGAGAGACUCGAGUUCUUUCGAGGACAGUUUCAAUUUCAAAUCGCCUGAUAGGUUGUCCGGAGAUUAUUGUCGGCAAAGUAAGAGCUUCGAGGAACGGGAAGAGGAGUAUGAGCGCGCCAGGCGAAGGAUAUUCAAGGACAACAGUGGAGAUAGUGGCGAGGUUCAUUCCUGGCCUUAUUGGUCCUCUUCGGAGAGCUCUGACUCUGCCAGAUAUCGUCUGCUGCAUCCUUCGGAUCACAUGAUGAGGCAAACAAAGUUGAUGAAAGGGGAAUCCUUCGACGGAAGAGAGUCUUGUCGAAGCGGUGUCCUGAGGCCGUCCGUCUCCAAAUCCUUCAGUUUCGGUGGUUAUACCAGAGGCAUGCUGUCCAGGGGCAUGCUGUCCAGAGGGGACAGUGUCACAUCUACUCAUAGCGCUGGCGCUCGUCUUAUGAAGCAAGAUUCAGGUGCUAGCAUGUGUUCACGACUAAGUCCCUCGAGCAGCGGCUACAAGUCUCAGAGUCAGCGCAGCGAUGCAACGAUAUCCCCAUCACCGUCGCCAUCACCGGUUGCAAACAUGACGUGCAGCCACACCCAAGUAUCUAGUCAGGAUCUUGUCUCGCCGGAAACGAGCAAUCAGACGGUGAUGUGGGCGGUUACCAGUAUAUCCAGCGUGCCGCCCGGUAGCAUAAUCAUCAACCCGCAGACGAACCAGCCGUACACGAACCCGGACGGUUCGAUAUACCGUUUCGAUCCGGAGAACCCGCCAAAGUUUUAUACCUCUGCUGUGUCGCCGCACGAGAAUGACAGGAACGCCGUGUCCCCGAAGAAUACGGAGCCGUCCGAGCCAUCAAAGGUGAUCAAUAACGGUAGGAGCGAGGGUAGAAAGAGGUCGCAGAUGAACAAAAAUAAUAACAAUGGUGGUAAUGCAACGACGAUUACCCAUGUGACGAAUACUGCGACUUCGCCUAGUUUACCCUUCACGCCGCCUCCGCAGCUGAAUCCACCGCUUCAGCAUCAACCGCAGCCGCAGCCACAGCAUCAACAGCCGCAGCACCAUCAGCAGCCGCAGCACCACCAGCCACAACAACAAACUCUAGUCAAGUCGUCGUCGACGGUGCAAUCUUGUAACCACAACCAAACGGCUCAACCGUACACCACAUACAUACCUACCUCAGAAUCGUACAACCCAGGUGUUUAUCAACCCCCAGUAGGGCAGCAGACUGUGAUGAUGGCUCCUCAUCCGAACCAGGGUCAGCCGAAUGUACAGAAUAAUGGCCAAGGGGAUGUAUUUAAUCAGAACUCGGUUUACGCGAAUUAUGCAGUACCUGUGCAACAAGGACCAGUGUCGCAAACAACGGAAAUAACGGAACUGUCUGGAUAUUUUAUGGGUAUGAGUAUCUACGAUCAGCGUGUGUCCGGUGAUAAUCAUUCGACGCCACCGCAUUCUUAUCCGCAACCACAACCGUCUACACAUCAGGCGGUGCAAAGUGUGCAGUCUAUGCCGCAGAACUAUUGGCAACCGCCGCCAAACUCAGUCCCGGCGCAACAAACAAUGUAUUUUGUACCCCCGCCUGGUACAGCACUUUCGGUCAGUCAGGGUCCAGGUGAUAGGCAGCAGUUGCACCAGCAACAGAGAUACACGACGAAUUAUUCUUUUAACGCGCAAACUAUGACGCCUCCGAGCCAAUCAAAUUCCAAUUAUGUGGGCAGCUAUCCAGUUCCUUAUAAUUCGGUACCUGCUGUGACACCGACACCAGGAGAAUAUAGCUACCAACCACCGGUUCACAUGGUUCCCACGUAUUACCCGUCAGGGCAAGCGGCGAUACAACCACAACCUGUCAUGUACAGAGUACCCACGCCACCAAAUACCCCGACUUCUAAUCAGAUGCCAGGGAUGCCGUUGAUGUACGUCAAUUCAGGUAAUUAUCCACCGCCAACGAUGGUGUCCAAUGGAACGUUCGGUCAUCAAGUCGGGCACAGUGGCGCAUCUCCCGCGCCUCCUGGAACUUACAUGACUCCUGCGCUGGUUCCCAAUCUCGUUAUUAGGCAAAACGGUCCUGUUGUUGCCGGUGUUCGAGCUUCAACGCCAGGCAACUCUCAGAGGACUAGCAGGUCGCCGACUCCAGCACACGAGCUGUUCGGAAGUGGGAGUGGGGACAGAAGCGCACAACCCCAACCACGUUACCCACUGCCAAUGUAUCAGGGUGUCCAUCUUGUUCAAGGGGAUAUGAGAUUGAUGCAUCCCGGAGUACCAGCUAAUCCGCGGCUGCAGUAUGCACCAGUACCAUCACCACCUGUUGUUCAAGGUUGUCCACGACCGUACCGACCGCCUUCGUACUCGUCAAACACCUCAGGCGCUGGCACUCCCACCUCGUUCGAUGGCAGAAAUCCGAAAAUUCGUAAACAGAGGUCCAAAGUAACACCGUUGCCACCGACAGGCCCGCGGCCCAAUCUUUAUCAAACUCCUUCCAUGCCAUCGCUCUCGCCCAACGUGCCGAAAGAUCUCAGAGAAGCGAAACCUGUGGAAGACAAUAUGAUCUAAGGGACCGUGAAGGUGACAAUCACCCGUCGAAAUCAACUGGUACAAUAUUAGAUAGCUGGUCCCAGCCGUGAGAAGGGAGAAGAACGAAGAGAAGAGAGCAAGAGGAAACCGCGAAAAAGAUGGAGGAACACCGUCGCAGGCUAAUAGAAAAAUCGAACAAUUGGAACCGGACGUCGAACCAGUGGUUCACCGACACGAAACACGAUUCUUAUUAAUUAACCCGUACUUUUAAUCAUCAACGAGGAUAGGGUAAGCGUGCGCACACCGCCGCCAUGGAAAAAUAUACUCGAGCAAACGGAUAACGCUCUAAUAUUGAACAAUUUACAACAAGGACAGUAACAACACACACACACACACUCGCGUACAUGCUUAUACACGAUACAUACGUACACACACACACACACACUCACACACACACAGUCGCUGAAACUUUUUGAUAAAACGACCGAAUCCGAGAAAAGUCAUAUGUAUCGAUUAAGAAAAUUCGAACUAUCAUCAAGAUUAAUGGGUGCAGGGAGGGGUGGGGGGAGUCAUUAAAGGAAUUCUACAUAUACGUGUGUGCUGAAGAACAGAGAUGAGAGAAUGUGAGUUAUUACUACUUUUUUUUGUUUUUUUUUUAAGCAUAGGUAUAUCAGAUACACAGUGGUACAUCGUACAGAGAGUUACUGAACAGAAUUUUACCUAUUAUAAUUAUUAUAUAUAUAUUAUAUAUAUAUUAUAUAUACAUACAAUAUAUAUAUAUACAGUAUAUAUUAUAUCUGUAGAUAUUUUAAUGGCGGUUUUACAGAUAACUAAUGAAUGUGAGAUUUAAUUUUAAGGAAAGUGGAAGAAGAGGUACUGUUACAAUGAACAGACACGCACGCACACGAGACACAGAGACACGUACACACGUAUAGGAACACACGGCGAUGACCUGAACCAACCGUACGGGGUUGCUGAGGGGAGUCAGUAUAUAAUAAUGAUAAACACUAAUGUACGAGUAUUAUAAUGUACGCGUUUACUGAGUACGUUUACAAUUUGCCGCGAAUCCCACUGGAUUGGCCAGACAAGUUCGUUCAGGAACGAUCACUGCUCACCGAUUCUCCUGCGUACUGCCACCAAAGAGUUGCUUUAAUCCUAAACGGAAACGAAGAUAAUCGCUGCCGGCCGCGAUCCAGAGUGAAAUUGUUUGCUACCUCAAUUUUGAUAUCGAAAACCUUUUUGAAAACCGGCUUUCGCCGAGGGUUCACAGGGCACCUCGGCAAAUUCCGGUUAUUUUCGCAAGAUCGUUACCGAUCUCCGUGACGAGAUGCAGGUCGUUUCGAGCCCUACAAUUUAUUUCAUUGAAGAGAUUAACGAUUCGUCGAUAGACUGUGGAAUUCUAUACAUCUACAGCGAAUUCUACUAAGAAUCAUAAAAUGAUAAAUAAUACUGACCAUAGUUUUAUUUUAUUUAUAAUUCACUGAAACUAUUUUCAUCAAUGGCAGAAUUUAAUUUUUGUUAAUUUACAUUUCUCGGUUUGUAAUAUUUCAUUUGAUUGCCAAUAAAUCUUUUCAAUUGAUUGUAAUUUAAUGGAAUCGAUUACUACUAUUUGCUUUUUUCUCUCAUUUAUCUGAAACCGUUUUGAGGGAAUUGUCUUAAAUUUAUCUAUGAAAAUGAGUUUUGCUGUCUAUUUGACAACUCUAACGUUGAAAUUUGUAUAGUUUACAAGAUACAGUUUUGCAAUCUUAUGACGAAACGAAAUGACCUGUAUCACAGCACAAGUUGAAGCGUUUCUCGGAAACGCAGCGUGAUCCACGUCUAGUUUCUUUGACGUCGUUGCCGUCUCGAUCCCGAGAUCUUCGACGAUCAUUUCGGUACAUGUUAAUCUCCGAGUGAACCUGUAAACGUAUUCAGUACAUGGUCUAUAUAUAUAUAGUUCGACACAGAGUAGUUAAGUAGCGCGAAACCAUCACAGCUUAGCAGUCGCUGAAAGAUGAGCCGCCUCUUUUACGGGUCUCUUCAACAUCGUUUUUCACGUUUUGUUCUGCCUGUCUAGAAAAGAAUCGAUAUCGAUGUUCUGUCAGAGCGUUGCCUUUAAGAGGAUUCAGCAAAAUGAACUUCAAUGUCCUCCCAAACUGUUGACAAGUCUACAGUUAGCACCUGUGAUAAGACUUUCUCUGAACGAUGGAAACGUCUAAUGAAUUAUUCGAUAAAUAAUGAAAUUGAUGAUGCUAGUUGCACGGCAGAAAACCAACUAGCUAGUCGCUUUACAUCGAUGACCGCAGUCUACAAAUCUCCCAGUUAAAUAAAGUGUUGUCCAUAAUGCUGAAACCACUUAGCCGGUACGAUACCGCCCGAUAGAACUGUAAAAGUAUAAUUCAUAUCGCGCACGGUGUAACUAUGAUUCGUCUUCCAAAGCUUCUCACGGCACGCUUUUGAGUCACACACAGAAACACAAGGUUGCAUACAGGAUGUCCGAGCUAACAAGAGCAUAGAGAAAUCGUUUUCAGAGCCCGAUUCAACGUGUAUAAGUUCGUCAGCGGUGAUGGUAGCGCGUGAUCGUCGUAAAUAAACAAAAAGAUAACGUCUCCGUCUGUGAAAAAAUAUAUUAACAAUUUAGGGAUCAGCGGGAACCAAAGUUCGCGGUUUCUUUCGACGAAACGUUUCCGGUUUUUGGAAUCUGUUAUCGAGAAUCGAUGAAUCUUCGGGAUCUAUCUGCGAGGAACCGAUAGGUUUUUGGUCCCUGUUGGUCCUUGAUCGGGAAAAACCAAGUGGAAUCCAUCCAAAAGCUUCGCUUACGGUGAAUUGUACUUCAGGACGUAGGUGAAGGUGUGCCUGUCUUUUUAUGAGAUCUCCAGAGUCGUUCUCGCGUGAUCUAUGGAUCAAAGGGGAUCGGGAAGGGGAUUGGAAGCGAGUCGGGCGGACAUGUUAGUUCAGUCGUCGAUUCUAAAGAGAUGGGCGCACAACCGUAGUGUUUAACUGUACCUAAAGUCGUCGUAGAGAUUAAUGAAGAUAAUUGUACCUAUAAUGAAGAAAAAAAAAACAUACACACGCAGUCACACAUACAUAUACUCACACACAGACACACACAGACACGAAGAAAAAAUCAGUUCACGAAUCUCUCUAAGACAUAAUUAACGAAAAGCGGAAAAGAAGCAAAAAAAUAACGAAGAUGGACUAUCGGCUACAGAGGGAGCCGCCCGCGAGCAGCAUCCAAUUCUAUGGUCUUUCUGUAUUAUUUUGUGUAGUAUUGUGUGCACAGGGUGACCUAUGAUAACUGUAAAAAUUUGUGAGAGAUGUUUGGUAAAACAGACAUGGAAUUGUGAUCCGAAGUUUAUUAAAUUUUUCAGUCAAGAUGUUAAAGUCAAAGUCAAAAUCGUCUCACUUAUAUGUUAUUUCGAAGAAUUGUAUUUGAGAAAUCCUGUGCGCCAUUAAGUCCAACUUGUGUCCGUGGUUUCAGUCAAAGUAAAUGAAACUCGCGAACAGGUGAAAAUGGGAGUUGCUGGCGGGCGAAAGCGCGUUAAAACGCGACCGGAAACAGCUGAACCAAAGUCAUAAUCGCCAAUUGCACGGUCACGUUUAUUUAUUUAUUCAUUUCGCUCGCGUGUACGCUUUUAUCGAAUGCUCGACGCCCCUGUAAUCCAUCUGACUCUGGUAUUCAAUUGAUCAUACACGUUCAAUGAUUCAUUCAUUUCCAGACUGCAGAUCUUCGAGCACUUGCAGCAUGCGUGUGUUUUAAAGUGCAAGGAUCUGUGUGCACUUACUAAAAUUCAACUUUUUGCACUCGAAGCUAUUUUAAAGGCAAAACCGAAACAUUUCUUCUGACAUAUAGUAUUUCCAUUUUUAUAUAAUUCAUCUGUUUUUGGUAAUGUAAUGUAAUGCUUAAAAAUGAUAAUCUUAAUCGUCUCAGUUUCAUCCUUAGUUUGUACAUAGUUAUUUUUUUAAUUUGGUAACAUAUUUAUUCACCUCUUCAUGUUAUGCACACGAAAGUCAAUGUAUCUGCGCAUGCGACAUUACAUAUUUAAUCAUUUAUUAAAGAUAUAAACAAUUUCGUAAUGCAUGAAUUCUUUUGCAAAAUGGAAUUGUAAUUUUUGGUGGUCAUUCGAGUAAAAAGAGUUCAAUGUCUAUUUUAUCUGUAAGCAAUUUUUCUAUGUUGUAUUCUCUAAAGAAGACACUUGGAAUGCCCUCGCAAUAGUAUUGCAAUUUAUGCUUGUUAUAACUAUGAAUGCAUUUCAGGAUAGCCUUCUUUACAGAAGAUUCUUGUAAAACAAAGGUUGAACGUGGGGAUUUGCAUGGAGAUCUGCAGUCUGUUCAUUUCUAUUUAUUUCAAUGCAAUUGUACAAUGACUUCUAGAAGAGAAAGAAAGAAAAAGAGAGAUGUCAAGGUGGUCGGGCAGGUGUGUCGAGCACGAUCGCCACAAGUGAUUUCGUAAAUUCGCCUGGGCUAUUCUACAAAACAAUGCUAGAAUGAGAGACAGGGUGGGGAGGGGGGAACCAAAAGAGAAAGAACGAGAAUGAGAGAGAGAGAGAGAGAGAAAGAGAAGACACCGAAAUCGAUGAUGGCAUCCGGUCGUCGGAUGAUCCGAAGAACUAUUUAACUAACGAUCGAGGAGAACUGGUGAUAAAAAAAGUCAUUGUAAGUUU